AAAAUUCAUCAAUAUCGUCGUCAAGCUGGAGACACUCAACUUUCUCAGAAGCAGGGGGUUCAAGAUUCUUCGUGAGGUCUACAUAGUUUGCGAUUAAAUCUUCAAGGUAGUUCCUAACGCCACAUAUUUGCUGUCAAAGAGCAAUUGAAAGAAGAUUUGUACGACGUCACGAUCUGCAAUCAACGGUGGACCAAGCAGUACUAUUGCAAUACGCAACGUGUUUUCAAAGGUGGACAGUUGGAAGUUGAGGAAACUGAGGACUUUUCAACAUCGACAAUUUCUUCAAAACCUCCAAAACGUGUGAUCACAUCAGAAAAUCAGCGUUACAGGAUGCUCCGAGUCGACACAAAUCAACUCAACACUCUGGGAUGUGAAGUUACUAGCCAGAAGUUCUUAGAUCGUUUGAAAUUCUCGAAUUCAGUAAAACAAGCUUGGAUUGAGAAUCGUGACGUUCAUCUUUCCCCGGGACUAGUACCGAUGCAGCCAUCUGUAAUCACAAGUACGCCGGAACUUAAUGAUGUUCAGCCGGAUAUGAUUUUUGAUCAGUCUUUGUCCGAAAUCCCUAGCGAUGAAAUAUCAUGGGUUGGGCUCGAAGAUAUUGAAAAUUCGGCGGAAGAAAGUAGAGACGGUGAAGGGUCCGAAAAAGAUGUUGAAGAAACAUUAACGCAUUCAUCAAAUUUUAUACCGACUGUGAUGAACGAUGUAGACAGUUUACAAUGUACGGAUGCCAUGUCGACAACCGAAAAUGAUUGCCGCUAUCGAAAUUUGAAUUUAACUAACAUCGCAGUUCCUUGCGCUGUCAAGCGGAGAGGUCGUCCGAAAGGAUUCGAUAAAACUGUAAUCGGGUUAUCCAAAAAAUGUAAGAAAUCAUCAGCAACGAGAAAAAUCCCUUUCAAAAAAUUGGGAUGCAAAGAAAAAGCAAUAUUGAUACUUCGUUGGUUGAUUGAUGAAGAAAGGGCUUUGUCAGCGGUUCACGAUGGUAAGAUAAUCGAAGAAAAAUUUGUUGAAAGCGUACCAGAUAAAGUUUCUGAUUCUAUUACGGAUGACGUUGUUAAUAUUGAUUUCAUCAAAAAAUAUUUUUCUCAAGACACUUGGGCAGUUGUAAAGCAGGUAUUACAGUAAAAAAAAUCGAAUCCAAGAUUCUAAUGUGCUUCGUGUAAAAUUGAUUUGGACGACACGAUCGAUGAAUCCAUUUCUGAGUCACAAAACAAGUAUUCGGUAGGAUGCGAUUAUUGUUUGGCAUGGUAUCAUCUGCCCUGUGCGUCAUUGAAAGAGCUCCCUCAUUCACAUGAAAUUUGGAAAUGCUCCAAAUGUUAAUUAGCUCCGAAAUGCGUAUUUUCUACACAUGUUUUUUAGAAAAAGAUGUAAUAUCUUUAACUUUGUCUCUAUUAUUGAAUUAUUUAAAAAUAAUUCGUUAAAAGUUGGGCAUCAAUC